GCAGAGAAUCACGAUUUUGAUUCCGGGACGCGCCUAGAUGAUAUCUAAUCAUUUUAAUCUUCAAAAUUUAUGUUAAUAUUCAAGAUUCUAGGGCUUUAGAUUUUUACAGUAUUUAUAUUUAUGGUUAAUGGUCGUGAUUAAUCGUUAGGAUAUCUAUUUAAUGUAUAUACAAGUACAUUUAGAAGGAUAAAAAAAUCAAGUUAUCGUUUUUAGAAUUGAUCACUGGAACAUUCUACACUGCUGGGAGUGUUUUUGUAAAUAAAAAAAGAAGAAGAAAAGAAAAGAAGCAGAAUUUGUGUCUUUAAGUCUUAAGAAUGAACAAAGCCCCAGGGAAGACAGAGAUGAGUCAUUUUAACACCCCUCCAGAGAUGGACAGCAACGAGUACACUAGUUACCAAGACUGUCACACCAAAGUCCCUCUCAAUGGAUUGCAGUAUAACGAUGUGGACGCAGAGAGUCAGAACUUCCUGUCUGAUCAACAUUUGGGAAAGAAGAAAUAUGAAGAAUAUAGCACUGGCUCGGCAUCGUUUGGAAUGUCGGUGUUUAACCUCGGUAACGCCAUCAUGGGAAGUGGAAUUCUCGGGCUCUCCUAUGCCAUGGCCAACACUGGCAUCGCCCUGUUUGUGAUCCUGCUGGUCAGCGUGGCCAUUUUCUCCUUAUACUCCGUUCAUCUGCUGCUCAAAACGGCCAAUGAAGGAGGGUCUCUGGUGUACGAACAGCUGGGCUACAAGGCGUUCGGAAUUCCAGGAAAACUGGCAGCAUCUUGUUCCAUCACCAUGCAAAACUUUGGAGCUAUGGCGAGCUACCUCUACAUUGUGAAGUACGAACUGCCGAUCGUCAUUAAGGCCUUCUUAGACAACACUGAUGACAACAUGUGGUACACUAACGGCGAUUACCUGGUGCUCAUCGUAACCGUGGCCAUCAUUUUGCCACUCUCGCUGCUUAAAAACUUGGGUUACCUGGGAUACACAAGCGGGUUUUCCUUGUUGUGCAUGGUGUUCUUCCUUAUUAUGGUGAUCUACAAGAAGUUCCAGAUCCCCUGUCCUCUACCUGAAGACUUCAUUAACAUCACAAUGAACAACACCGUGCCACCGCAACACAACACCACUGAUGAAAACUGCUGCAAACCCAAGUACUUUGUCUAUAACUCACAGACUGUGUACGCCGUGCCCAUUCUCACCUUUGCAUUUGUGUGCCACCCGGCUAUUCUGCCCAUGUACGAGGAGCUCAAAGAUCGUUCCAGAAAAAGGAUGCAAAAUGUGGCAAACGUGUCAUUUCUGGGAAUGUUUGUGAUGUAUCUGCUGGCUGCUCUGUUCGGAUAUCUGACCUUCAAUGAGGCUGUCGAACCCGAGCUCCUGCACACAUACUCCAGGGUCUACAGUUUUGACGUUGUGCUUCUGAUCGUGCGUUUGGCCGUCCUGCUCGCCGUAACGUUGACCGUGCCCGUGGUUCUCUUUCCGAUUCGUACCUCAGUCAACCAGCUGCUCGGCGCGUCUAAAGACUUCAGCUGGCCGCGUCACAUCUGCAUCACCCUCGCGCUGUUGGUCUGCGUCAACAUUCUCGUCAUCUUCGUUCCCACCAUCAGAGAUAUCUUUGGAUUCAUCGGUGCAUCUGCUGCAGCUAUGCUGAUCUUCAUUCUGCCGUCGGCAUUUUACAUCAAACUGGUGAAGAAAGAGUCCAUGAAGUCCAUGCAGAAGAUCGGGGCGUUGUCGUUCCUUAUCCUGGGUUUCGUCGUCAUGAUCGGCAGUAUGACUUUGAUCAUCCUCGACUGGAUUCACAACAUCGGAGCCUCAGAGAGCCACACCAACGGGCACUAGUGGGUGUAUCCUAACUCUGACUGACAGAAUGAGGCGGAGCAAAGCCGCUAAAACUGCAAUUUAAAAAAACUCGAAGCUGCUCUUUUAUCAACGCGGAGCAAAAACAAACAUCCAUUCUGAGAGAAUGUCUUGAACUUUGUACAGUAUGCUGUUUGCCCACAAAGAUGGUAAUCAACGAUUAAUGUUGUGCUUUUUCCCAUUGAUUUUAUUUGUUGUUCAUUUUAGUUUUGUGUUGUUUCUGGUAACGUUGAAUUCUGGUGGUACGUUGCUCAGAGUGUCGAUUCAUUCGUGCUCCGCUGUGUGAAUUAUUCACACUUUUUCAGGUUUGGCAUCUUGUAUCACAACGAAAACGUAUUGAUUUCACCGAUCUGUUGCAAGCAGAGCGUCUGCAUUUGACUUCCAUUUGUACCUUUGCCAAAAAUAUUGAUGUUUGUGUGUCAAAUAGCACUUCAGUAAAUGUGAAAAUUGUCCGUUUGCACAUUUUCGCUAGGCAUUUGUUACAAUGCUAUUCAUACUGUACUACUUGAGUCACCUUUACCUGUCCUUUAGACCUACUAAUGAACAAAUGUUGAUCUGUAGUUGUUUGUUUCUAACAGGUAGAGCAACUAAAUGAAUUUACGGAAACCUUAUUUAAAGCCGAGGCAACAGCUAAUCGGCGAUUACAGGAGCAUUUUAUAUUGAAAACUCGGUUUAACCAAAAUACAUCACAUUACUGUGGUAAUAUGACUUGUGAAUGCCUUUUAAAGGUGCUGUAAGCGAUUUUAGCCGCGGUUGAUUAGCAACCACUGGGUGGCGCCAGAAGAUUCCAAUCCAUUUAAGUGUUAGUUUGAGUAUAAAUUAAUUUCGGGCUCAACUUGUGCCAUUGUUGGCUGUCAUAACUCAGAAUAAUUAAUUAUAUCAACGUAACUAACCCCUGACCUUCACUUCAUGACAUCUACAUACUCCGGCGAGACACUGUCUAUAAAAAAAAACUGACCGGGCAGCCGCGACUUGCGAGCUCUCGGGCCGGCUGAACACCGCUUUGUGCUUGCAUUUGCCGUUUUAUGUCAUGCUGCUUAUCCGCGCGACGUGAGAGCUGCAGGUCAUAGCGGUUUAUUUCAUGACUUCAGCAGGGACCUCUUGUUUGGACAUUUUAUCUUUGCACUUGCACUCAUUCUGUUUGCAACUAUCUGGUGGAUCACACUCCUGUUUAUCCAUACUAUCGUUGGCACUGUUGAUGACCAUUGCAUGACACUGUGUCAUGUGUUGUCAACAUGGCAGCGCCCAUGAGGGGGCGACCCGCUCUAUGUAAAAUCAAACAGCUUUUAUUGGGAGUCUUCACCUCAUGUGAGGUUACAUCAUUUUCAGCAUAUUUCUAAAAAAUGCAAUUCAUGUCUUUGUGUAAAUCUCUGUUAAUUAGCAAAAACGUACUUAGCAUACCUUUUAAACGUUACAUCACCCACUAAGAAUAUACGCUGAUGCGAGUGAAAACACUAGAGACCGGAAAUUGAAAACAGUCGAAUCGUGGAACACUUCCGCGUUCAGGAAAAAGGUGGAUAUGCGCCGCACAAUGAUUGACAGGCAGAAAGUCUUUUGAUUGGCUAAACAAAUGAGCUUUUUCGCCGCUGUUUACCGAGUUGUAAUAUUUUAUGGCACCUAUUUCAAUGAUAUCGGACAGAAAAUAAGGACGUUUUUGGCAUGUCAUUUAACUGAAAAAUCACGUACAGCACCUUUAGCGAAUUAAGAACUCUUGGUUUUGUUACAACUGCUUUGUAAUGGUGAAACUGCACAGAUUCAAGCGGCAAAAAGACCGCCAGUGUUUAAAUGAAUUAACCAUUUCAGUGUUUGCCAUCGGCAGCUUGAAGUUGCUCCCUGAGCGAGCGAGCGAGAGAGAGAGAGAGAGAGAGAGUGUGUGCCGCAAUCACUGCUCACACACCUCACUUGUGCUUCCAACAGCUAAACCUCACGUGUCAUCCAACCUGUUACUCUCCGACAGUUAUUUAUGGAAAAACAUCAAUGUAAUUUAAUCUAUUUUACUGUAUUUAUAUAUUGUGUAUAUAUGUGUAUAUACCACAAAUUGAACUGUAUAUAGAUGCUGUCAUUUAUUGUUUUGUUUUUGUUUUGUUUUUCAAUUUUGCGCAAUAUGUAUGAAAUAUGAAAAAUAGCUUUAGAACCACAGUGUUCUCAUUCAUGUGUUCCUCAGUGUGUCGGGGCCGAAGGGAAAUGGGCCCCUGAACAUCCUUUCGACACGAACGCACCUUUUACACUACUAUUACAAUGCUGUAUUAAUACCAGCAAAGGGGUGGAGCGCUCCUCAUGUGCAAGAGGCCAUUCCUGCGAAUGAUACGCUCUUGUUUCAAUGAAACACUAUGUAUAUCAUGUAAUUAAUGUCUAAUAAAGGUUCGAAAUAACUCA